AUGAAGCAGUGCUCUUAUGUUGAAGGAGAGCGGAAGUUGGUGUACCGUACGUGAGCUUAACGUGACGACAUUCCAUGUUUUCAGGAAAAAAAGAAGCGGAGGGGAAGCUGCAGUCUUUGCCAGAUCCUUUUCUGCUCGGAUCCAGAUGCAGGCACAGUUGACAAGGAUUUGAUGCGCGGGUGGAUGUUUGGAAGCCGCAGCUCUCCCGGUACCGCCCCCCACCUCAGAAGCCGUGCUAGCCUCAGACGGUCGGAUCCGGAGUGAGCCCUGUCCGGUCGGGUGAGGAUGGAGCUGUAAAGACCUGUCCAGGCCAAAGUGACGAUGGAGGAAACAGAAGAGCUCGGCGUGAGCUCAGCAGCUGAGCAUGGGACACAGAACAUGACUGGACCCUCCCCCUGAAGAGUGGCCAUGCUGGCUAUGAGCCUGCGGCGUAGAAACCACUGGGUCAAUGACAUCGGAUUGUGUUGGACUGAGUGAGCAGGAGAGCAGUGAUGUAAAAGAACAGGUCCUGACAGUCGACCCACUGCUGUGGUUCGGAGCGGAUGAGUUGGUGAGAACGCCGCAGACGAUGCAAGGCUGAGUUCUAUCGCUCUAUGUAGCCCCCCCCACAGGACCACCAGCUUUUAUUAUCAGAUAUUUAGGCUGUAGGUGAGGACCAUGCCUCGGAACCAGGCUUUUGCGGAACCAGAGUACUCUGCAGAGUACUCAGCAGACUACUCCGUGACCCUGCCCUCGGACCCGGGGCAGGCCGUGGGGCGAACACAUGAGGUUACCGUGCGAAGCUCGGGGUGCUGCCUCUGCCUUCCUCGCUUCAUGCGCCUGACCUUCGCUCCGGACUCCCUGGAGAAUUUAUACCAGACCUACUUCAGACGGCAGCGACACGAGACUCUGCUGGUGCUGGUGGUGUUCGCCGCUCUCUUCGACUCGUAUGUCAUCGUCAUGUGCGCGGUGGUCUACACCUCAGACAAGCUGGCCUCCGUCUUGGUGGCGUCGGCAGGACUAGCGGGGGACGUCAUCCUCUAUCUGCUGUGUCGCUUCGGGCUUCUCCCGGAUCGCAUCUCCAGACGGGUGGUGCCCUACGCGCUGUGGGUGCUCAUAGCAGCUCAGGUGUUCUGCUACCUGGGUCUGAACUACGCCCACUUCCACCAGGCCAGCGACACGGUGGGCUGGCAGGCCUUCUUCAGCUUCUCAUUCUUCCUGACUUUGCCUCUGAGGCUGACCCCCAUUGUGCUCAUCACCACUGUGUCGUGUGGCGUCCACACCCUGGUCUUAGGGGUCACCAUCGCUCAGCAGCAGCAGGUCGACAUCCAGGGAGCAGCUCUUGGUAGACAGCUCCUGGCCAACGCCUUCAUCUACGUUUGUGCCAUCACCGUGGGUGUCAUGUCCUACUACAUGGCUGACCGGAAGCACCGAAAGGCUUUUCUGGAGGCCAGACAGUCUCUGGAAGUGAAGCUGAACCUGGAAGAGCAGAGCCAGCAGCAGGAACGUCUACUUCUCUCCAUCCUUCCAAAGCACAUUGCAGAUGAGAUGCUUCAGGACAUGAAGAAGGAGCAGAGUCAGAAGGAGAUGCAGCAGUUUAACACCAUGUACAUGUACCGGCACGAGAACGUCAGCAUCCUGUUUGCAGACAUCGUCGGCUUCACCCAGUUAUCGUCGUCCUGCAGCGCCCAGGAGCUGGUCAAACUGCUGAAUGAGCUCUUCGCCCGCUUUGACAAGCUGGCUGCAAAAUAUCACCAGCUGAGGAUCAAGAUCUUGGGAGACUGUUACUACUGCAUCUGCGGGCUUCCAGACUACCGGGAGGACCACGCAGCCUGCUCCAUCAUGAUGGGCCUGGCGAUGGUGGAGGCCAUAUCGUACGUUCGAGAGAAGACCCAGACCGACGUGGACAUGAGGGUUGGAGUUCACAGUGGGACCGUGCUGGGGGGCGUGCUGGGGCAAAAGCGCUGGCAGUAUGAUGUGUGGUCUACAGACGUCACAGUGGCCAACAAGAUGGAGGCUGGGGGCAUUCCAGGCCGAGUUCACAUCUCUCAGAGCACCAUGGAGUGUCUUCACGGCGAGUUUGAUGUGGAGCCUGGGAACGGGGGCGAGCGCUGCGACUACCUAAGGGAGAGAGGCAUCGACACCUACCUGGUGGUUGUUCCCAAAGGGGCGGUGGGAAAGAACGGCAUCAGUGGUGUGAAGCUGUCCGUGACAUCUUCUGGAGGAAACUCCCCACAGCUCAUCAACACCACAGAAUGCAACGGCAGUGCAAACACGGCCUGCACCACGCCGGAGGAACCCGAGGAGCUGGACACCAAGGUGGUGAAUCCAUCUUUCCCAAACCCUCGGAGGAGGCUGAGACUGCGGGACCUGGCUGAACGGGUGAUUGACGCUCAGGAAAACGAGGCAGAGCUCAACAAACUGCUGAACGAAGCCCUGCUGGAGAGGGAGACGGUCCAGGCGCUGAAGGGGAAGAACACCAACCAGCUGUCGCUGAGGUUUGUGGACCCAGAGCUAGAGACCCGUUACUCUGUGGAGAAGGAGAAGCAGAGCGGCGCUGCCUUCUGCUGCUCCUGUGUGGUUCUGCUCUGCACCACGUUCAUGGAGGCUCUCCUUGACCCAUGGAUGAUCGCCAACUAUGUCACGUUUGCAGUGGGGGAGGUUCUGCUGCUCAUCCUGACCAUCUGCUCGCUGGCCGCCAUCUUCCCCCGAGUGUAUCCCAAGAAGCUCGUGUCCUUCUCCACCUGGAUUGACCACACCCGCUGGGCUCGAAACACCUGGGCCAUGGCGGCCAUCUUUAUCCUCAGCAUGGCGGACACCAUCGACAUGCUGAGCUGUGGACCCCCAGAAUCGGAUCCUCGCAGCACCACACCGGCCCCCGCCCCCUCUGGACGGGCCAGCCUGGAAGGCUGCUGGAACAAUCCCAAAUACUACAGCUACGUGGCGGUUCUGGCUCUGAUGGCCACCACCAUGCUGGUCCAGGUCAGCCACAUGGUCAAGCUCACGCUGAUGCUGCUGAUCACCGUGACGACCGGCGUGGUGAACAUCUACAGCUGGAGGAGCAUCUUCGACCGCUAUGACGCCGUCCGCUUCAAAGAGUACAGGUCGGCUCUGGUUCCCUCCAAGGUCACCGUUACAGUUAUGAUCUUCGUCAUGAUGAUCAGCUUCUAUUAUUUUUCCAGACAUGUGGAGAAGCUGGCUCGCACUCUUUUCCUGUGGAAGAUCGAGGUCCAUGAGCAGAAGGAGAAAGUUUACGAAAUGCGGCGCUGGAACGAAGCCCUUGUGACCAACAUGCUGCCGGAGCACGUGGCUCGACACUUCCUGGGCUCCAAGAAGAGGGAUGAGGAGCUGUACAGCCAGUCCUAUGAUGAAAUCGGAGUCAUGUUCGCCUCAAUCCCAAACUUCUCUGACUUCUACACCGAGGAGAGCAUCAACAACGGAGGCAUCGAGUGCUUACGCUUCCUGAACGAGAUCAUCUCAGACUUUGACAGCUUGCUGGAUGAGAUUCAGUUUCGCUGCAUCACAAAGAUCAAGACUAUUGGCAGCACUUACAUGGCGGCAUCAGGAGUCACACCAGACGUCAGCAACGGCUACAACUGUGUGAAGAGGGAGGAGCAGUCUGACAGGGAGCGCUGGCAGCACCUUGCAGACCUGGCAGACUUCGCCCUGGCGAUGAAGGUCACCCUCAUGAACAUCAACUACCAGUCCUUCAAUAACUUCAUGCUACGCAUAGGUCUGAAUAAGGGAGGGGUUCUGGCGGGAGUGAUCGGCGCACGCAAACCUCACUACGAUAUCUGGGGCAACACCGUCAAUGUUGCAAGCCGUAUGGAGUCUACGGGGGUGAUGGGCAACAUCCAGGUGGUGGAGGACUGCUACAACAUCCUGAAGGAAUAUGGCUUCCGCUUCGUGAAGAGAGGACCCAUCUUUGUGAAGGGCAAAGGGGAGCUGCUCACCUACUUCCUGAAAGGAAGAGACAAGCAGGGCUCCUUCAUCAACGGCUCCUCCGUCACCCUGCCUCACCAGGUGGUGGACAGCUGAGCUCUGCUCACCCAGAAGGACAUGCUUCAUACACACCUUUGUAGGGCCCAUCUACCAUCAGAUCUGCUGAGGGUUCUGUGGAUGCAAAGAUGUGUGUAGAUUAUGUCAGACUCCACCAAUUUAAAACAUACGUGAUGAGAAGAAACUACCAAGAAUAAAACACAGACAGCAGGCCUCACAUCUACAGCACACUCACAGAAACUUCUACAGGAUUUUCACAGAGACGUUAGUGAAACCGAGUCAUUCCUUUAGUCUAUAGCGGACAGUCAGUCAGACCUUCCUGUGGAUCUUCAGACGUGAAGCCUUUGCUCCAGCCUGACCAACUGUUGUGAAGUUUGGUUUCUUCACCUGGAUGGACUCAAGACAGACUGUCUAUAAUGUAUGGAGAACUGCUUUGUGUUCUCAUUUCACCUGCUGCAGCACACAUGUGGAGAACGGGAUUGAGCAUGUUCUGUCACGACAGAUGUGCUGCCUCGUUCUUCUACGGCCAUCGUUCCAGCUUCCAACGUUUCUGAUUUCUUAAUUGUCAGUUUGUGUUGACGAGCUCAGAGAGACGGCCUGAGAACCUGCAGCGGCUGUGUGAGGAAGAGGCCAUUCCUGCGGCGUCCUCGCUCGGUCUGUGGAACCGUGUUCACCCAUAACCCCUCAAAGCCUUCAGUGUGUUUAAAAUGGGAGGUCUGGUUCUGCUCAAAGAGAGAGGGGUGGACCGGACGGUUCAGACGGAGCAUCUGUGAAUGUGAGAUAACUGUCGGAAAACAACGCCUUGGAAUUGGGAACAACAGAGAGCACUUUAAUUCUUUAAAACCCAAACAGUUUCUGACUGGAGCUGCUGCUGGAACUGAAUGUUCUGAGGCUGGAACUAUCGGAAAGCUGGUCCGCCUGGUUCUGUUCACCUGAGUUUUUAGUGAAUGGAAAUCGCCAUGCACAGCCAUACCUACAGAUUGUCCCUGUUUCGGUUUUCAAGUUGGAGAUUUUUGACUGAUCCCUCGUUCUUUAUAGUUGAUUGUCAUUACAUUAUUUCAUUAAAAAAGUCAUGACAAAUACAA